AUGCUAAACUCAAAUUGCCAGAAGGAUGUGGAUGACAGCCCAAGAUGUGUCGACCAUGAUACGGUGCGGGCAGAGGCCAUCAUCUUCCUAAUAAACAACGGUGGAUACACCACAGAGGUGGAGAUCCACGGCAGCCAUUACAGCAUCGUCAAGAACUGGGACUUCACUGGGCUCGUAGACGCCAUCUGUAAUGGCGAAGGCAAAUGCUGGAUGUCUAAGGUGUUCAAAGAGGAACAGCUUAUCAAAGCAAUCCAGAUAGCAACAGGGGUGAUGACAGACAACUUGUGCUUCAUGGAAGUGAUGAUUCACAAGGGUGAUGCUAGCAAAGAGUUGCUUCUGUGGGGUUCAAGGGUCUCAGCUGCCAAUAGCCGCCUCCCCUCAACCAUGAACAAUGAAGAAGGGCUGUGGCCCCCUUAA